AUGAAAGCUACGCCGUUGCUCAUUGCCUGGCACAAUGACAAUGCCCCCGUGUAUUCAGUGCAUUUUGACCCUCAUGGAAAGGGCCGAUUUGCAACUGCUGGAAAUGAUAACAAUGUCCGAAUCUGGAAAGUCGAGAGUAUGGGCGAGGAACGCAAAGUCUCAUAUUUGAGCACCCUGAUAAAACACACGCAAGCAGUGAACGUUGUUCGAUUCUCUCCAAAAGGAGAGAUGCUGGCUUCGGCGGGAGACGAUGGGAAUGUCUUGCUGUGGGUGCCGUCGGAAUUGCAGAUGACAACUCUUGGAGAAGACCACUCGGACGAUAAGGAGACCUGGCGAGUGAAGCAUAUGUGCCGGUCAUCAGGAGCAGAAAUCUAUGAUUUAGCCUGGUCCCCAGACGGUGUCUUUAUAAUCACAGGAAGCAUGGAUAAUGUUGCUCGUAUUUACAAUGCUCAAACAGGUUCGAUCUUGACCUCACACCCACCAGUGUUCCCAGCUAACAUUCAAAAAGGACAAAUGGUCCGGCAGAUCGCUGAACACUCCCACUAUGUCCAGGGCGUAGCCUGGGAUCCGCUCAACGAAUUCGUCGCCACGCAAUCGUCAGACCGAUCCGUACACAUCUACGGUCUUAAAACCAAAGAUGGCCAGUUCUCCUUGACCUCGCACGGCAAAUUCCUCAAAAUGGACCUGCCCGCUCCUGUACGCCGAGUACCGCCAGGAAGCAGUCCUGCCCCGACAGAAACAAAGAUGCAGCAAACUUCCAAUACAUUCGCCAUUGCCUCGCCGGCACCAUCGACGCCUGGAACGCCCAAAACAACGGCUAUGCCGAUGGAUCCCCCUCCCGUGUCUCACAGUCGUCGCUCCUCGUUUGGCUCAUCUCCCUCAAUUCGUCGGUCUGCUUCGCCGGCACCGUCCCUGCCCUUACCCGCCGUCAAGCCGAUGGAAGUCUCGUCACCAAGUUUGUUCGGUGGGCUGGGAGUCAAAAACGCGAAUCUCUAUGCUAAUGAGUCCUUUACCUCCUUCUUCCGCCGAUUGACGUUUACCCCGGACGGCAGCCUGUUGUUCACACCGGCAGGUCAAUUCAAGACAACGCAGGCAUCUACUGGCGAUUCAACCAAGGGAAAUGAAGAAGUAAUCAACACAGUCUACAUCUACACAAGGGCGGGUUUCAAUAAACCACCUAUUGCGCACUUGCCAGGGCACAAGAAGCCGUCUGUUGCAGUGAGAUGUUCUCCAAUAUAUUAUACACUUAGACAAGGGAUUCGACCGACGAGUCAUAUCACGCUUGAUACGUCUUCGGGCGAUGAUAGUUUCCCAGCAUUACCGGAAUCUGUCGUGAGUGGGAACAUCACAAGCCACCCAUCAAUGGAUCCUCCACCGUCUUCCACUAGCGAUAGUUCGAAGCCACUCGCUUCUCCUAAGACGGAGACUGAUGCUUCUUCUAGCUCUGCAUUUGCCCUGCCUUACCGGCUUGUAUACGCAGUAGCUACGCAGGAUGCGGUGUUGAUCUAUGAUACGCAACAGCAAACGCCCCUCUGCGUUGUCAGCAACCUGCACUUUGCCACUUUCACUGAUUUGAGCUGGUCUUCUGAUGGGUUAACGCUGAUAAUGAGCUCAUCUGAUGGAUUCUGCUCAACGCUUUCAUUCGCACCGGGCGAAUUAGGGCAACCAUAUCCACAUGCUAUCCCCUCAUCCUCAUCAAAUAAUACCCCUCUGCCCACACCUACUCAUACCGCAUCGCCUUCCCUAGCAAAACCAAAUCCGGCGCCUGCUAGCACCGGACCAACAGGUCGUGCUGGCAGUCCCGCGCGGUCGUCGUCAACCUCUUCUAUCCAAACGCUACCAACACAACCAAAUACUGUCAUCAACAACCCAACACCCACUCUUGGAACUGUACCACUUGUAACAGCCACCAACUCAACACAACCUCAAGUUCUACCUCUCACUACGCCGCCUCUAACCCCAAUGCCAGGGAUAUCACAUAGCACGACCAACUCAUUCAGCAGCACAAUAUUAGGAAAGCGUGAUAUCGGCGCGGCCAGUGAAUCAGAGAAGGAAGAUGCUAAAACUAGCGAAUUCGGCGACAAAGAACAAAAGCCAGCCAAAAAGCGCCGUAUUGCGCCUACAUUGAUUGCGCAGGAUUCAGCCAGUCUGGCGUCGUCACGCGGCGAGCAGACCGAGAAGCAACCGGCAGAGCAACCGGCAGAGCAGACAGCGCCAACGCCUCAAUAG